AUGGCUUUUCACGUGGAAGGGUUGAUAGCUAUCAUUUUGUUCUACUUGGCCAUCCUGUUUGUUGGAAUAUGGGCUGCUUGGAAGACAAAAAACAGUGGGAGUGAUGGAGAUCGUAGAGAAGCUAUUAUAGUUGGUGGAAGAGAUAUUGGCUUGCUAGUUGGUGGAUUUACCAUGACUGCCACCUGGGUUGGAGGUGGUUAUAUAAAUGGAACAGCUGAAGCAGUGUAUGUUCCAGACGUUGGACUUGCCUGGGCUCAGGCACCCAUUGGGUAUUCGCUUAGCCUAAUUGUAGGUGGCAUGUUUUUUGCAAAGCCCAUGCGUUCCAAAGGGUAUGUGACAAUGCUGGAUCCAUUUCAGCAAAUUUAUGGAAAACGAAUGGGAGGGCUUAUCUUCAUACCUGCCUUGAUGGGAGAAAUGUUCUGGGCAGCAGCCAUCUUUUCUGCACUAGGUGCCACCAUAAGUGUGAUAAUCGACAUCAACAACACCAUUUCAAUUAUUAUUUCUGCCUCCAUUGCAACCCUGUAUACCUUAGUGGGAGGACUUUAUUCAGUAGCUUACACUGAUGUGGUCCAGCUGUUCUGCAUUUUCUUAGGACUUUGGAUCAGCAUCCCAUUUGCCAUGUCCCAUCCUGCAGUAACAAGCAUUGGGUACACAGCUGUGCAUGAAGUAUAUCAAAAACCUUGGCUUGGAACCAUUAAAUCCCCUGACGUAUAUAUAUGGAUUGACAAUUUCUUCUUACUGAUGUUAGGAGGAAUCCCAUGGCAAGCCUAUUUCCAGCGAGUCCUUUCUUCUUCAUCAGCUACGUAUGCACAAAUGCUCUCUUUUCUGGCAGCGUUUGGAUGUCUUAUAAUGGCAAUACCUCCAGUGCUUAUUGGUGCCAUUGGUGCAUCAACAGCUUGGAAUCAGACUGAAUAUAUUGGUCAUGACCCUAAAACUGAAGAUGAAGGCGACAUGAUAUUACCAAUUGUCCUUCAAUAUCUUUGUCCACUGUACAUUUCGUUCUUCGGCCUUGGGGCAGUGUCUGCUGCUGUAAUGUCCUCUGCUGACUCUUCCAUUUUAUCAGCAAGUUCUAUGUUUGCACGGAAUAUAUAUCAGCUUUCAUUUCGGCAAACUGCUUCAGACAACGAAAUAGUUUGGGUCAUGCGAAUUACCAUUUUUAUGUUUGGAGCUGCAGCAACAGUGAUGGCUCUGGUAGCUCAAUCCAUAUAUGGUCUCUGGUACCUCAGCUCUGACCUGGUUUACAUCAUCAUCUUCCCCCAACUUUUAUGUGUUCUUUUUAUCAAAGGAACAAAUACUUAUGGUGCCAUUGUAGGAUACUUACUUGGGCUCCUACUUCGAAUUACUGGAGGAGAACCUUAUCUAUCCUUACAGCCUUUGAUUUUGUAUCCUGGUUGGUAUCAUGAUGAUGACAGAUACGUUCAGAGAUUUCCUUUUAAGACAUUAGCUAUGCUUACUUCUUUCCUUACAAACAUUGCAGUGUCCUAUCUAGCAAAAUACUUAUUUGAAAGUGGCACUUUACCACCCAAACUAGACUUCCUUGAUGCUGUUGUUGCAAAGUACAGUAAAGAGAACAUGGACAAGGCUACUCUUGUGAAAAGUGACAAUAUUGUUUUAAAUGAACUGGCACCAGUGAACCCUCGGCACAGUUUGACUCUGAGCUCUACUUUUACAAACAAAGAGGCCUUUAGCGAUGUGGAUUCAAGUCCAGAGGUAUCCACGGCGGAGGAGAAAUGA